UAUUAAGUUCAUUUAAAGACGUACUUCACACGGGUAUUUUAUAUGGCCACAAAGGCGGCAAAAUUAAAAGAGAGAGAAUUUAUCAAAGAGUGUAUUAAGCUAUACCGUAGUUUACCAUCCUUGUGGAAUGUAAAAAGCAAAGUUUAUUAUGACCGAGAAAGAAAGAAAAAGGCAUAUGCUGUUUUGUUAUCUAAGUACAGAGAAAUGUUUCCCGAAGCGACAAGAGAAGAUGUAAAGAAGAAAUUUAACGUUCUGCGAACAAAUUAUCGCAAAGAAUUCAAAAAGUACCUUAGUGCUAUGGCUGCAGGGGAGUCAUAUACACCAUCGUUAUGGUACUUUAAUGAACUGGAUUUCCUGUAUGAUGAUGAAUCAUCAGAAGAUUUAUGCGAAAAUUCUAUCUUGGAUGCUCAAAGUUUUAGCAUAGAUGAUGAAGAAUUAGCAGACAUUGAGGAAAGUUCAGCCAAUAAAUGUAAAAAAAUUAAGACAGAAGAACCAGCAGAUCAAGAAUAUCCAAAUGUAAUUGAAGUCAGGGAUGAAUUUUACCAUUGGGCUAUGGCAUGCGCUUCAGAUCUUCGAAAAAUGGAACGGACUCAACAACUUUAUGCUAAGAAAGCAUUCGCUGAUAUAAUUCUAGAAGGUCAACUAGGACUGCUUCACCGGCACUCGGUUAAAAUAAAUGAAAUUUCACCACAAGCACCGGAACCUUCAUAGCCCGACACAAGUAGGUACCUACACAUUA